CCCCGCGGGAGAGACGUCACCAGCGCCCUUUAGCGCCGACGGAAGAUGGCGUCGGCCACCCGCUUCAUCCAGAGGCUGCGGAACUGGGCGUCCGGGCAAGAUCUGCAGGCGAAGCUGCAGCUGCGUUACCAGGAGAUCUCCAAGCGUACCCAGCCUCCUCCCAAGCUCCCGGUGGGCCCCAGCCACAAGCUCUCCAACAAUUACUACUGCACCCGCGACGGCCGCCGUGAAGCUGUCCCCCUCUCCGUCAUCAUGUCCUCACAGAAGGCACUGGUGUCAGGCAAGCCAGCAGAGAGCUCACACUCAGCUGUGACUACCUCUGAGAAAAAGGCAGUGACGCCAGCUCCGCCCAUAAAGAGGUGGGAACUGUCCCAGGACCAGCCUUACCUGUGACUCAGCAAACUGGUGCAGCUGACCGUGCCCUCAGGGCCACCUGAAUGCUUGGCCUCCUUGGAUUCCCUGCAGGGACAAUGUUACCUAAUUUAUGACAAAUAUAUCAAGCUGGAGUCUUA